AUGCAGGCGGCAGGCGGCGGCGGAGGGCCGGGCUGCGGCUGCAAGGGGAUCCGCUCCUGCCUGCUCUGCGAGGGGCCCGCGCCGGCCGCUCCGCCCCCGCAGGGAGAAGAUAAUUUCACUUACUGUCCAGCAACAGGCCUAGCUAAAGGAAAUGAGCACUCGGAAUUUGCUGGCUGGGCAUUUCCCUUUCCAGGGGUGUUCCUGGUGGAGGAGUUCAUUAGUGAAGAUGAAGAGUGUGAGAUAGUGGAACUGAUGGAUCGAGAUGACUGGAAACCAUCACAGUCUGGCCGAAAGAAACAGGACUAUGGACCCAAAGUGAACUUCAAGAAACAAAGGCUGAAAGCUGGCAGCUUUACUGGUUUGCCAGGUUUCAGCAGAAAGAUUGUGGCCCAGAUGAAGGCCUGUGCUGUGCUCAGUGGUUUCUUACCUGUGGAACAGUGUAACCUGGACUACAGACCGGAGAGAGGCUCUGCCAUCGACCCCCACUUUGAUGACUGGUGGCUCUGGGGGGAGCGCCUGGUCAGCUUGAACUUGCUGUCAAAAACUGUGCUCUCCAUGUCCUGCGAUUCAGAGGACACCAUCCAAUUAUUUCCCAUUUCCAGUAAAGAGGAAUUAAGUCCCCCUGGAUCUUUCACGCAGACAUCAUCGUGCAGAAAUUCAGGAGAAGGGGGAACCAAGUGCUUUUUGUCCCCAAGGCUGGUUCCGGGUAAGGAGGUGAGUGUGGCCAUCCCCUUGCCCCAGAGGUCGCUGGUGGUGCUGCACGGGGACGCGCGGUACAAGUGGAAACACGGGAUCCACCGCAGGCACAUCGAGCACCGCCGCGUCUGCAUCACCUUCAGGGAGCUCUCCGCGGAGUUCAGCGCCGGGGGGAGGCACGAGGAACUGGGCAAAGAACUGCUGCAAGUUGCUCUUUCCUUUCAAGGGAGACCCGUGUGACCACGAGGUUGCGUUUUGUUGGGAGAUGUGUAAACUGAGCCUCCUCGAGGCAGAUACAGCUUCCCUACAACCCACCUCCAAGCAAACCUGGCAUUGGAAUGACCCACAUCCUCCUGACCUGCCCAGUGCUCUGCCAGAAAUACCAGAGAUGAUAAUGAGGAAGGUUUGCAUCAUUCUGCAGCCUGUCCAGAAGGAGCUGGAUCAGAGCCACCGCCUGUUGAUUGAAUGUCCAUCAGCUCACAAUAAUUUCAGCCAAUACAGAACAAGCUUGCAUCAAACACACUGACAGGGAAUUAAAUAAAGCAAUAGCCAAGCCCUGCAUGACAUUUGUUUAUGUAGUUAAAUGCACUCGAGGCUUUGGGGAAACUAUUUAAUAGAAUCACAGAAUGGUUCAGACGGGAAAACACCUUUAAGAUCACAGAAUCCAACCACUACACCAGCACUGCCAAAUCCACCACUAAACCGUGUCCCUAAGUGCCACGUCUACACAUACUUAUCUCUAAAUAACUUCUCUUCUUUCAUCGAUAGCCAAAGAGGUGCUCUUAUUAGAGAGCAAACAUCCGUGUACUAAAUACCUAAAUACCUGCAUGCCAAACUACCAGUGGAGAAAUGAGCCAGUAGGAACAAAUACCUCAGCUUUCCAAUCAGCUGGGGGAAAAGCUUGCUAAUAAAGAGAAUUCCUUUUUGCAAGAGAUUUUUUUUCUAAGUUACUGAUUUCAGGUCUAUUUCUUGUGUUAGGCCAGGGAGCAUAAUUAACAUCACUUACACCUGUGUAUAUUCAACUGCACUUUAAACAGUUCAAAGAGAAUGUAAAACCAAUGGUUAAUUUUGUGGGUUUGCCAAAGACUUUCAGCAACUUUCUGCUGUGAGAGUUGAGAAAGCGUGCUUUGUUCUCAGAGAUGUGGUUCGGCCCUGCAGUGUGGGUGGGCUGCAAGCCCCCGACUCCCAGUAGUGCCAGUGAUGCCAGUGACAGCACACCCCAGCACAGACACCUUGUGUGACCACGCUGGUAGGUCAGUCCCCAGCAAUACAAAAUGUUAAUUUAAUAAUCAUGUUAAAGACAACAGUCACAACAGGACUCCAGCAAUCAGGAGCACACAGGGCAUGCACAUAAGAGGAUUUUUAGAGUAAGCAAACUCCUGAGUGAGAGAAGUCUACAGGAGAGCACCCAGCUUUCUCAAAAAGAGGAGGGAGGGACCUUCUGCCCCUGCAGCACACAAGUUUGGUUACAAAUCAACACAGACUUUGUGAAAAGUUUUUAAGAGCAUCUUUUGCACACAGCCAGAGAGUGGAGAGCAAUGACAAAGCAACUGAGUACCCUGUCCCCACUCCAGCCUGCUCCCACUGAAACCCCCACCUGCAGCUUUCCAGCUUCACUUUGGGUGACCAACUUCAUCAUCCCAGACUGUCGUAAUGUUAUGGAUGAUUCAUGAUCUGGGGGGUUGGGGGAGGAAAAAGCAGCGGAAGAAGCUAAAAUAAAGCAAGAAAGGCUAUCUGGAAAGUUCUUGAGAUCUAUCU